CAAAACAUCGUCUCGCAUCCGACUAGACAUCCUCCACCGACAACUCGCUGAUCCUCUGCCCCGAUCGUGCACCUCACUCUCGGGCUUCCCCAAGCAGACACGCCCACAAUGUCGAACUACGGCUACCAAUCCCCUUCCAACCAGCAGCAGCCAUACUCCGCCCAGAGCAAUCUCAACUUCUACCAAUCCUCAUACUCCGCACAACCCGUCUCCGGACAGAGUACACCCUUCCAAGCAUUCGGCGCCGGCGCGGGAGGACAGGCAUACGGACAACCAGGCAGCUACGGAGCAGGAGGAGCAAACUAUGGCUUUGGGUCAUUUCCAGGACAACCCGGCGCGAGCGGACAGAUGGGCACAGGGCAGGGAGGACUAAGAACGGGUUGGUUUGCGGCGUUUGGAACGGAGGGAUAUGAUGGUGAACCACCGCUGCUGGAAGAGUUGGGAGUGAAUUUCAAUCACAUUCAGAUGAAGACUCUUACGGUCCUCAAUCCACUUGGGCGGAUAGACCAGCACAUUAUGGACGAUGCGGAUCUCGCAGGCCCAUUUCUCUUUUGCGCGCUGUUUGGCACAUUCUUGCUGCUGACGGGCAAGCUUUGGUUCGGCUACGUCUGCGGUCUCGCAGCACUCGGCGCCAUCAGUCUGAACUUCGUCUUCAGCAUGAUGUCCCCACCCCUCUCGCAGGACGAAAUGAACGCCGUCCAAAGCUCGCAGAACAACUACCACGGCUCAUCGAAUCUUUCCUCAACACUGACACUCGGCCGAUCAAGCUCAGUGCUGGGAUACUGUCUCCUCCCUCUGGUCUUCGCAAGCUUAUUCGGAGUCAUCAUCCCGCUGGACACAUUUGUUGGAUACUGCUUGGUCAGCUUGGCGAUCGCGUGGUGCACAUACUCCAGUUCGGCGAUGUUUUGUGUCGUCGGCCGCAUGACGAAUAUGCGUGUGUUGGUUGCGUAUCCUCUAGCGUUGUUCUACUUUGGCUUUGGUAUUAUGGCUGUGUUUUCGAGCCGUGGGACUGGCCGGAUUGAUGAGAUGACUGUGAAAGCGGCUACCGGUGCGUGA